AUGGGUCAAGCUAUCAGAAUUCACAAGAAGAAGCAAAUUGAAGAAAAAAACGAAGAAGAUAAAGAUACUUGCAUACGGAACAAAAUCAAAGAAGCGUAAGUUACAGUAACCCCAACUCGAAUUAUAGAACUGCAAACAAUGUUGUUUAUCAGCCGAUCUAUGUUGGAUCCAGCACUGAUACGCUGUCAUCAGAGAACACAAGUAGCUCGUGUUUCUCCACACCCACCCAAUAUACAACAAGUACAAUGUCAACAGGUAAUAAUAAAUUAUUUUUAACUACAUAAUUUUUUGAUGCCACGUUUUUGCAGAUUUUUCCUUUCUUGACACCAAUCAUGACAUCAGCGAUCUUGAACUUUAUCCACCAAAAGAAACCUUGGAAAUUGACCCAAACAAACCUCGGAUCAGAAUCUCCGAAUGGGAAAAGAUGACACAAGAAUUCGAUCUACGAGAACAGACAACGAAUCAGUAA